CUUUAUAUUGCGCCUCCUCCACACACACACACACACACCACCCAAGCAAUUCUUUAUCAAUUUCUCUUCGCCCAAAGACCAAAAAGAGACAUGAUCAAUGCUCUCAGCUCCAUGAAUAUCCAUCAAGUGCUGCUGCUCAUUCUCGUUCUAUUGCAAGCGAUCACUUGUUGUGUUGAGGGUCGACGGCGGUGCUAUGCUUCAUCCUGUGGUGACAUACACAAUAUAAGCUACCCGUUUCGAUUGAAAAGUGAUCCGAAUGGAUGUGGUGACUCGAAGCAUGAGCUGACAUGUGAAGAUAAUCACACUGUUCUACGCCUUGAGGGUGGCCGAUACUACGUGCAGUCUAUCAAUUACAUUGAUGGACUAAUCAGAUUGGUUGAUGACGGGCUGCAAAAGGAUAACUGCUCGUCUCUCCCCAGUCAUUCGUGGGCACUGUAUAACCUCGAAAAGUAUAACCUCGAAAAUCGUGUCAUUCCAAACAGACCAUACAACAUCUACGAUAGUAGGACAUUGGUCAUUGUGAACUGCUCAAAGCAGGUUAGUUCUUCAUCCUACAUCACUACCGGUCCAUGUACUGCAGGGUCGUAUUCUUCCAAUGCAUCAUUGAAUUGGAACUUGUAUGCUUUGGUGGAUCCAAAAGCAUCAGAUGUUAAGGAGUUUUGCAACAUUAGCGGUUGGACUUAUUUUGGGGGUGAACAGCAGAUUACUAGCAGCUCCUACAACUACAAGCUAAUCCAUGACAUCAUGGCCGAUGGAUUCGAUCUAAGCUUUUAUGAAACGUCACUGAAGAAAACUUUCUUGUGCUUCUUUGAUUUCUAUAGCAUCUACAUGGGUGGUGCGGGUUGCGGAUCCGUUUACUUUUACGGUAAGCAUUGGCUGGCAAUGAGAUUUUACCGCAAUUUUGCAUGA